AUGCAAUCCAACAGAGAGACCCCCGUAUCAACUCAAAUCAGCACCAAUACAAGUCCUACAACGCACGAUCCCGUCCUCACAUCCGACGAUGAAGCCUUCUUCCGCCAGAUCAUGUCGCGGCCCGAUGCCGCGGGGUUGGAUACCGGUAAUGCGGUGACGGCUGACGCGCCGGGCCCGGUCGCGCAAGACAAUCAGAACGCGGAAGAAUUUGGCAAGAAGCUUGGAGAGCAGCAGCGAAAGGCGACGGAUUUGGAGGAGCAGGAGAAGAGUGGUGAUAAGGAUAGAAAUAAGGAGCAGGCUGAGUCGACUGUGGAGGGCAAGAAAAAGCGGUGGAGUUUGAAUUGGCCGUGGGGGAAAGGGAAGAAGAAGGCAGAGAAAUCAGACGAUGCAAACGAAACUCCCGAUCGCGGCGAUUCGAAGGACAAAGAUGCCACCAAGGAUCAAGAUCAAUUGCAACAGUCGCAACAAGCAGAAGCAGCCACGGAGACAUCAGCACCAGCAGAUAAACCAGCGGACGACGACAUGGCCGAAAUCCUCGAACAGCUCAACCUCGCCGCAGAAAACAACCGCAUCUUCUCCGCCAGCGACGAAAUGCAAGAACUCCUCCGCAAGUUCAAGCUCAUCUUCAAGGAUCUCAUCAACGGUGUCCCAACCGCUUACCAUGACCUCGAAAUGCUAUUUAAGAACGGGAACAACCAGCUCCAAGACACCUACUCGAAAAUGCCUAGCUUCCUACAGAGACUGAUCGAGAAGCUGCCUGAAAAGUGGACGGAUUCUCUAGCGCCGGAGGUUCUGGCUGCUGCUAGUGAAAAGGCUGCAAAGAACGGAGUGAAUACGGAGAACGUGGCUAAGGCUGCAGCUGCAGCUGAUAAGAUGGGACUCAAGGUUCCUAGUUUGAAGGAGUUGGUGGGGAAGCCGGCUGCAAUUGUUGGAAUGCUGAGGUCAAUUGUGGCCUUUUUGAAGGCAAGGUUCCCGGCGGUCAUUGGUGUGAAUGUUCUCUGGUCGUUGGCGUUGUCCAUCCUACUAUUCGUCCUCUGGUACUGCCAUAAACGCGGGCGUGAAGUCCGUCUGGAGAACGAGCGUCUCGUCACUGAGGAAGAGAUACGGAAAAUGAAUGAGCAGAUGGCGUCUGAAGAGAGGCCCAUCCGGGCUACUGAGACGUUGACUACGACUGCUCCUCCGGGUGCUGCAGCCGAUAUGAUUCGCGACGGAGUUCGAGAAGUCGAGCGAACGCGGGAGACGGUCCGGACUAGCACUGCGAACCCGGAGGCCACUGAAGCAGAAGUGGCUGGACAUGGGACAUCUGGGACGGAGGUGGCAGGGGAUGAAAAUGCCGCGCCGGUCCCGACACGGACCAAGUCGAGGCUCUCGAUCUUUUCCCGGUCAGGGAAGAAGGCAUCGAAGGCUGAACCGUACCCGGGGACUUGA